AGUGGGCUAUAUAUACGGCUGUGGUGGUUAGGUUAUGUACACAAGAACCACAAGAAGCACUGUAUAUAUAUAUGUACACAGUAGUAUAUUUGGCAUUUGUUUUGUAAACGUUGAUAAAUGAUAUGAGGGGACUUGUUUUUUUUUUCCAAAUUUUUUUUACCACAAACGAAAUACAAUUGAGCAAAGUGUCUCUUUUCCACAUUUGUAUAGUGUGGACAGUUGAAUAAGUUAACCCUCGGAAAGAAACAAUUCAUUGAAAAAAAAUUGUUACACGAAAAAUGGCUAAAAAUACAAUACCUUUGGAAGAAGGACCAAUGUCCCCAGAUGUUUUCUCCGAUCCUGAGACACAAGAGUGUUCCAGCAUUCCACUAUUGGACGAAUCCUAUACAAGUUCAACAAGUGAUAGUAGAGAGCCAGAGCCUUCAGUGCACGAGCCAGAAUGGAGAGGAAUAAGUAUAGAUGAGAUUCAGAAAGGUCUGGGAGCCUUUGGUUUUCAACAGCAUCCUCCAAUCUCUCCAUCACCAACUCACACUGUAUUAUUUCAAUUACCUCUUGAGAAUCGAGGGCCGCCGAGGCCCUAUCAAAUACACGGAGCUGAUAAAUGGAGUGUUGGAUAUGUCAGAAUGCCCAAUUCUCCUCACAGUCUGUAUCCUAUUGAACAUGGGGUUGAUAAACCUCGUGAAUUUCGGAUGAGAUGGGAAAUUAUUCAGGAAUCAUUAUUACAAAGUUUCAUGUCCAGUACACAAUUGGAGGCAGCUAUAUUGUCUUAUAAUAAUAAUUAUGCUGAUCGAUGGGAUUUUUGUGCUCUUCAUUAUUUCUUCUCUGACGUUAUUGAUGAAGAGGAGACUGAAAUAUUCUUCAAGACAUUGCUCCCAAAGAUGAUACAAUUGGCACUGCAACUUCCAACAAUUGUCACGGGUCCAAUACCACUAUUGAAAAAACACACAAAUUAUUCAAUUAGUAUGAGUCAACUUCAAGUGGCAUCUCUCCUGGCUAAUGCGUUCUUCUGCACAUUUCCAAGACGCAAUUCCAAUAAUCCACAAUCAGAAUAUGCCCUGUAUCCUCACAUCAAUUUAAAUAAUCUAUUUGCCUGCUAUAACGAAGCCAGACCAAAUAGAUCAGCAGCAGUAGCCGAGAAAUUAAAGUGUCUGUUUCAUUAUUUUCGACGAGUUACAACAACAGCUCCAGAAGGGACAAUCACAAUUCAACGUCACUACAUUCCAAAAAAAGACUGCCCAAGAUGGGAUAAAUUGCACAAUUUAUUACCAGCACUGCACAUAACUAGUAAAGGAACAAUAGAAACUGAAGGGGCUGGACUUCUUCAGGUUGACUUUGCCAAUAGAUAUGUCGGCGGUGGAGUGUUGAACUGGGGCUGCGUUCAAGAGGAAAUUCGUUUUGUCAUAUGUCCAGAGCUCAUUGUGACAAUGCUCAUUACCGAAGCACUUGAUGACACGGAAGCUCUCAUUGUCACUGGCAUUGAACGGUAUAGCAGGUACGAGGGUUACAGUAGUAGUUUCAAAUGGGCUGGAAAUUUUGUCGAUGAAACACCGAGGGAUACUAGUGGCCGACGAAGAACGUCAAUUGUUGCCAUCGAUGCUCUUUAUUUCACACAGGCAGAUUCACAAUUCAAUAUGAAGAAUAUUAUUCGAGAGUUGAAUAAGGCUUAUGUUGGCUUCAGCACAUCUGAAAUGGAUAAAAACCAUCUCCCAGCAAUAGCAACAGGAAAUUGGGGAUGUGGAGCUUUUCGGGGGAAUCCAAAGCUCAAAGUAGUGAUCCAACUGAUGGCAGCUGCUGCAGCAGGACGAUCAAUGGUUUAUUUCACAUUUGGUGAUGCUAAUCUGCGAGACAGUGUUGGUGAAAUGUAUUGGCAUCUUCGGGAUCGCAAUAUUGACAUUUCUCGACUAUUUUCACUACUGCGUCAAUACGAGGCUGAAUCAACAACUGAUCAUUCGGAUUUUUACCCUUUUUUAUUUAAUCGAAGUAAAAUAAAACCAUUAACCAAUUAUUUUUCACUUGUUAAGUCUUCAAACGAUGAAAAUACCAAUGACAAAAUAAUUAAUUCUACAAAGAGUUUUGUCCAGGCAAAAGUUAGGGAUAGAUUGAGUUCAGUCCACAAAACUAAAUUGUCGGAUGAAGAAGAAGAAGAGGAGAGAAUUAGGAAUAUGUUAGAAGAAUAUACAGAUGAUACUGCUGACAAGGAUGCACCAGAGGAAUCCUGUUUCAAGAGGAGGCACACGUAUUCUUUACAGCUCAUGAAAGAAAAGACUGAAUUCCAAUCAAUGGUGGAAGGAAAGGACGAAUUGUACACAGAAAUUCUGAAAGAGAUGCCAGAUGCAUGCACAGAUGAAGGAGGCAGGAUAAAAAGGCGAACAUCACCAUUAGAUUUAUUAGUAUCCAGCCACGAAAUAAAAAAUACAACUUCCAAUAAUCAUGAAUCAAACAUUAAUAGAUCCAAAUGCCCAGGUAAAUAUUCAACACUUGGGAAAGGUCAGAGAAAAAUAUCAGACUUCUUUUCAUUGAAAACAUCCUUGUUAUAAAACGUUGAGCAUACAAUGUCAUGAUAUGAUUGGAUAAAUCCAUAAUUCGAUAAUGACAAUUUACCUUUGUACAUAGUAUUAAGAAAUAUUAUAGGAAUAGAAAAAUAAAAAAUAAAUGUUUGCA